AUCCCGGUUUUACACCUGGCCAGCUCUCUGCUCUUCCUCGAAGCGACACACCGGCGGACGGCGGGGGCUCCCUCCCGGCGACAGCGACGGUCGAGCUCAGCCCAGCCUAUCAUACGGGCCUUGUUCUCAGCAGCCACAGACGUUCCCUAAGAAAACAGGCAAGCCCGCCAAGAAAUUGAUCGAGGACCGGGGUCGCGAAGGGAAACGGGGCGAGCGGUCGAUCGGGAUGGAGGCUGCGGUGCGGAAGAUGCAGCAGCGGGUGAGGAAGGCACGGGAGGAGACGGAGCGAUGGGAUGACCUCAACUCCCGCCUCCUGUCCCAGUUCUCCAAUGCCGCCGCCAUCAUCACCCGCCUUCCGGUACUUGGAGAUGCUAAAAAUUAUGGUGUCCUGCGGUGUGUGCCCAACUUCAGGGAGGAUCUCUUGGGGGUGCAGAUGGAGAGCCUGGAGCUCAUAUUUGUUUCAAUGAGGGAGGCUCUGGAGGAGUUCAGUGGCAUUGCCAAAGGUUUGAGCAAGGUACUGCAUGAUACUAAUCAGAUGGUGAGGGGUGGAUUGGCACUCACUGCGAAACAGUUGCAGUUACAAGUGGGAAUUUUGCCAACUAUUGCGGAUUGCUUGGGUGGGCUACAAACGCUGUCUGACAUGCACCAGGCUGAGUAUGCGCUAAAAUCAUCAAUCAUCUCUUUGUUGACAUGGAAAAGCAGUUCAAGUGAUAUCGCUGCAAUGCGUCAACUCUUGGUAGACCAACCAAACAUACCGAAAGAUGAAGUGCAAUCUGUCUUCGACAUUAUAUUUGCAGAUGAAAUUUGCUAAGUUGAGCAUGCAUCCUACUAUCGGGAGUCCUAUUGCCAAGACAUGUUGAAGCAACUGUAUUUUGAUCUACUCCCUCCGUUCAUAAAUAUAAGAUUUAUGUUUUUUUUGUGAAUCAGAUAUAUAUAAACACAUUUUAGUGUCUGUGUUCACUCAUUUCAGUUUGUAUGUAGUCCAUAUUGAAAUAUCCAAAACAUCAUA